CAUGGCGGACCAAAAAAGAUGAAAACGGAAGGUGGAAAACCCCUAAACCAGUUACGAGUAAAUGGAUAGCUGAGAAUUAGAAACUCAGAAUGGCACACUUCGGGAAAGAUGUUGAUAAUUUUAGUGCUACAAGAACCAUUAGAAUUGUUGGAGUAGAAACUAAUGAAAAAUUCACGACAUACAUUAUAGAAGUUGCAGUAGGACACUACGUUUGGAGAGUGAAGCAUCGUUACAAUGAUUUUCACGACCUACACGAUCAGCUUGUAUAUUCCUGUAAAGUGGACAAGUGCCUGCUACCACCAAAGAAAAUGUUUGGGAACCAGAGUGAAUCCUUUAUAAAGAAGCGACAGGCUGACUUAGAGGCUUAUCUUCAGACCAUGCUGUACUACCUCGCUCACAAAGUCCCAUCUGCCCUCGCCACCUUCCUACAAUUCGACAAAUAUGAAAUUCAUGGUAUUACACAAUGCAUGGCAGAAGAAUUAUACAACAGAGGUGAGAUCCUGCUGCAGUCCCGGGACCCCUACGUCGUGACCCCCCUCCAGUUAUACUCCCUGACCGAGAGACUGAAGCUCCCCGAACCCACGUGUGGUAAGCUUGGUGAUGUAAAGAAAGACAUUGGACACAUUCUGGAUUUUAUCACAAGAGUUAAAUGCUUGAAGGUGGCAGGCAGUCGUGAUAGAGUAGGUACCAGUAAUAUAGACAUGACACAACUGAAGUUUGACCUCUCUCUCUUCAAGUCCUUACAAUGUCUGGAGACUGAAUGCUGUCAUGUUAGUAAUAUACUGGGAAUAGAGACAAUAAAGGAGACGCUGGAGAAAGUCAGUAUACGACAGGGUCUGACCAAUAUAAGGGACUUGGUGCUGAAUGGCUUGAGGCAGUGGAAGGCGGAGGAUGGUACGGUACUGGUCACACACUGGGAUAAUCUGGUGGAGGCUGACUUCAGCAGGAACUCCCUCAGUGAGAUAGACGACAGUGUGCAACUGAUUCCCCGUGUGGAGGUACUGGACCUGAGCCACAACAGACUGACUGGUGUCCAGCAUCUGAACUGGCUCAGUCAACUCACUCAACUCGAUCUCUCAAACAACGAGAUCACAGGGCUUGACUCGCUUCACACCAAGAUAGGAAAUCUCAAAAUACUCAACCUCUCAGGGAACAGACUGGAGAGUCUUAGAGGUUUGUCCAAACUUUACUCCUUGGAAACACUGGAUGUAAGAAACAACAAACUCUCACAGGUGGCCGAGGUGCAGUAUGUGUGUUGUCUCCCUUGUAUUGAGAAUCUUUAUCUCCAAGGAAACCCAGUGAACCAUGUCCUGGACUACAGAACUAAGAUCCUGGAACAAUGUGGGGACAGAGUCUUAGAGGUGAGCUUAGACGACAUGAAGCCAACACAGAAGGAACUGGAUACAGUGGCAGUAUUACAGGCCAUCAGGAAGUCUAAAGAAAACAAGGCUAAAAUAGGCACCACCAGAAAGUUGUCAGCGAGUGAGCUCCAGUCCAGCGGUUCUAGACAUUCCAGUCUGUCUGGUACUGAAGACAAACUUCCUGCUACACCAGAGUUGGGCUGGAGCACACAUGGAUCUUUCAGUGCCACGCCCAACGUAUCAGAUGUAGAUUCUCCCAACUCCUCGCGUACAGGAUCUGAUGCUAGUCAAGUCAAGGACUCUAGCGGCCAUUCCAGUAGAACCAGUUUAACAGGAAGUGAAGGGGAACAUAAGGGGGAACAGCGACCCAGAUUCCGGACACUGUCCCGAGAUGACCCUUCUACAUCCCCCACCAUAGCUAUCAGCUCAUUACCCACCCAUCAGGACCCAGAAUUCAUGGCCUGGAUUCAGGAAAGACUGUUCGGCAAAGACACUGAACCUGGUGCUAUUGUGGAACAGGUUCUGAAUGUUCUUUGGUGUGGUGUUAUUCAGUUUACCCGACAGGAGUCCUUGGUUCCUUGCUGUGCUGUUCUGUCUCAGCGGAGGAUCUUCAUCUUACGACUGAAGCCAGGAGAGAGUGGGUACCCUGAUGUGCCAGACAUUGAGACCUUUUAUAUAUUACCCCUUUGUAAUGUACAGGAGAUAGUGAUAGGUCCCUGCUACAGCUAUAUCAGACUGGAGGAGUCCUUCGUUGGGGCCAGUGGUACGUUUGUACUGAUAGCAGCAGACCCUGAUGAUGGGAAGUCUUUCUCAGACAGCAUUACGUCAGCUUACAGUGGUGGGGAUCUAGGCCCUCUCAAUCUCUUAAACUGUUCACAAAAUUCAGACUUAGCCUCCCACAUAUUUUCUUUGGAGGAUUUGGAGGGACUUUGCACAGGGAGAAUAGCUUAUGGAAUGUAUAUCACCAUUGCUGGGGUGGAGCAACCAAGUCUCCUGAUUCUGUCAGAGAACAAAGUUUACCUUGUCCAUAUAGACUGCCUUUUCUGGCCAAGGCCUUCUUUUCUAAGUGUGCUUGAAGACAUAAAAAAUCCUAACUUUACAUUCCUUCAGCAUCAUUCCAUCACAGCCAAAAUGAGUGACAUUAAGUUAAAUGUGAAACUUAAGCUUUCCUCUAGAUCAAAGAAAACAUCCUCUGUGGACACUUCCCUUAUACAAUUUGAAAAAUAUGGUCUGUCCAUCAUAUUCCAUGAACUUGCAGGUCCUGUUGGUUUGCAUCUUUACUUCUUUUCAACUAAAGCUAGAGAUGGCUUUUUGGAUCGAUUGACCAAUUUGAGAGCUGAGCAUGCACAUAGGUUGUCACCAACAAUACGAGAGGAACCAGAAGGGGGAAAUGAGUCUUCUGACAGUCUAGACAAUACAAGCUCAACACAGCUUCCUAUCAGUCCCCCAAAGGAGCCUCAGGACGAGGCUUUAGUGGAAGAAGAAAAGGUUGUUAAUGUAAGAGAGGAAAACACACCAGACGCUAUAGAACAAGAGUUCCUAGCUGGAGCAGUGACAGAAACUGAUGAGCAAUGUUCAAAAAGUCGCGCAGCUACCGUUUCUGGGGUAACACUUAAAGUGUCAACAGCAAAGGAAGAAGCAGUACCUGAAAUAGAUUAUCUGACUGAUGAACUCUGUGUGCAGCUGACCACAUCCAUCCAAAACUACUCUUUAGCAAAGAAGAUGCCCUCUAAACUGAAAGUUCUGAGAAAUAUGACUGGAAAAGAACUAGUACAGUAUUUCCAUUCUGACAUUGCAAUGAUUGGGGUGGAUUAUGAACAGCUUCAUUUUGUCCUAUGGUCUGUUGUCAUUCCAUAUGAUCGUCCUCAUUCUGAAAUAAUUUCAUGCGUGAUGCUCAGCACUAAAGCUGUGUAUUUUGUGUCCAACCAGCUGGUCAAGUCUCCCAUGAAAGAGAGGCAGUCUUGGAUGACCCACACUCGCCACAAGUCCGAUUCCAUUGUCCUCGGUCAGCAACCAUUCCAGAUGGACCCCCACCAUACGUCAGGAAUCAUCCACAACAGUCAGAGGGGUACAAUCAUCCGACCAUACCAUAUUCUGAAGUACUCAGACCUCCACCAGGUCAAUGUGGGGCUGUUUGAUCAGUGUGUAAGACUCACUGGUCAUGACAGACACACAGUAAAUACCCUAGUAACCCGUGAUAGUGCUGUUACAGAAAAGUUCUUAAACCAGCUCACUACAAUGCUGUCAAUAUUCACAUCUUCACCCAUGUUGGACAAGAGUUCAUCUGACCUAGAACAGGAUUUCUAUAGGGCCUUUGAGAGGAGAACUAAGACUGUUGUUGACGGAAUGGAAUACGUACAUCCAAGUAAAGUCCAGUUCAUCUACCCAGGGGAAGACGUUAUGUCUGAUCUCUUGUAUAUAAUUACUGAGCAUCUCAAACUGCCUGUCACUUCCAAGAGAAAGGCUGACAUUCUGAUGUACUGGAUUGGCUACUUAGCGACAGAGGAGCACCACGCGGGAUCAGUAGACCAUGUAGAAUCCCGCAGUAUGGUCCUGACCAAUCAGUAUCUCUGUUUUAUUCUGGAAGACGUCAUUAACUAUCCCAUUCCUGAUUUUGCACGAGGACUUCCAAACUCACCCAGAUACAAGGUGACCAAUACAAUGAAAAUCAGUCAUUUGAAGAGAGUACUUAUGUUCAAAGACAACGAACACAAACUCAGCCUUAUAUUCUCGGAUGAACCUGAUGAAAUCAAUGUGGAUACGUCUUCCGACCAUUUCAGUUUGGAGAAUAAUUCUAGUGGUCGUCUGUCGCCCCCAGAAAUAGAGACCACAAUCCUUGUUCAGAGCCCCAGAGACAUUAACAAGUUCAUGCUUCUACUUAAAAACCAAUGGAGGGAAGUUCAAGAUGGCGAAGAACUUGAAGUUCAUCUUCUGUGAUAGCAUUUCCUAGCACUCACUGGCUUGUUGUUAAUUUGUGCAAUAGUUGACAUUCUUUAUGAAAAGUUUUAGUGUUUACACCAAAUAUGUUUUUUUCUGCCAAAUCUAUAUCACUGUUAUAAAUAUGUACAUGGUUUGUACUGGUCAGAUAUCAUGUUAUAAUGAUACUUGUUAUUAUGAUGAUUAUGGUUGUAUGAAAUAAUAAAAGUAAAAAAUAAA